AUGGACAAGGAAAGAAAAAGGGAAAUGGAUAUGCAAAUACUUAAUGCUGGCACGUCUACAAUGAGUGAAAAACGACGAGCUCUUCACGAGAUUGCAUAUGAACUGGUGUAUAAUGCUGACAUUUUUCGACAGAGAUUUCGAAUGAGAAUGCAUGUGUUCCUUCGGAUAGUAGACGCUCACUCAAAUGUCUAUCCGUAUUUCCAACAGAGGGUUGAUGCAACUGGAAGAAGAGACUUGUCACCACUCAAAAAAUGUACCACUGCGAUACAGAUGUUAGCAUAUGGCGUAGCAGCUAAUGCUGUUGAUGAUUAUGUGCGCAUAGGCGAGAGCACUACAAUUGAAUGCUUGGAAAAAUUUGUUGAAGGUGUCAUUUCGGUGUUCGAGGAUGAAUACUUGCGAAAACCAAAUCCAAAUGACGUACGACGCCUGCUACAAAUGGCGGAGGGUCGUGGCUUUCUUGGCAUGUUGGGUAGCAUUGACUGCAUGCAUUGGCAAUGGAAAAAUUAUCCAAAAGUGUGGAAAAGUAUGUACAUGAGUGGUUAUCGUGGGGUUGCAACCAUAGUACUUGAGGUUGUAGCAUCUUCAGACCUUUGGAUAUGGCAUACGUUCUUUGGAGUUUCUAGUUCAAAUAACGAUAUCAACGUGUUAGAUCGUUCUCCAGUGUUCGAUGAUAUUCUAAAUGACCGUGCUCCGGAGGUAAAUUAUACUAUUAAUGGUAAUAAUUAUACUCUGGGAUACUAUUUAGUAGAUGAUAUUUAUCUUGAAUGGGCCACAUUUGUCAAAUCAAUCUCAAAGACACAAGGGGAAAAAUGCAAGUUAUUUGCACAAUACCAAGAAGGGCAAAGAAAAGAUGUGGAGCGAGCAUUCGGAGUGUUGCAAGCACACUUUGCAAUUAUACGUGGUCCAGCUCGCUUUUGGGAAAAGAAGAAGCUUGCCAACAUAAUGAGAGCUUAUAUUAUAUUGCAUAAUAUGAUUGUUGAGGAUGAAAGAGACAUUUAUGCAGAAAUUUUGCUCAAGACUUAG